AGGAGGAGGAGUGAGCACUGGCCUCCAGGGGGCUCCUUUGUGUUGGAUUGAGCAGCAGCUGCAGCCUCCAAGCUGCAAACCCCAUGGUCCAUGCAAAUUCAUCCUUGUGCAAGUGUCAAGCCCCGCACCCUCUCUCCAGCCUCGUCCACUCGCUUCCUCCUGAGAUCUGACGCUGCGUCAAGGAGAGAGACAGUCGCAGCCACAGCCCAUCAUCUCCCCUGUCAGCCCAAAGCUCUCGCUGCUCCCCUCCCUCAUUCACUGGUUACCUGCAGCUCAUUGUCUCUCUGUCCCUGGGGAGGCUUCAUUGUGUUGAGAAAAGAUGGUGAAACUGGGGAAUAAUUUUAGCGAGAAGGGAGCGAAGCCUCCAAUCUGUGAGGAUGGAUUUGAUACAAUCCCAUUGAUGACUCCUUUGGAUGUCAACCAGCUGCAGUUCCCACCUCCAGACAAGGUGGUUGUUAAAACAAAGACUGAAUACGAGCGGGAUCAUAAGAAAGGCAAAUUCCGGGCCCCCAAGAUCGCUGAAUUUACUAUUAGUAUCAGUGAAGGCGUAUCCGAGAGGUUCAAGGUGACUGUUCUCGUCCUGUUUGCUCUGGCAUUUCUGGCCUGUGUCGUGUUCCUGGUUGUCUACAAAGUGUACAAAUAUGACCAUGCCUGUCCUGAAGGCUUCGUGCUUAAGAACAAUCGAUGCAUUCCAGCGGCUCUGGAUAACUACUACACCGAACAAGAUCCCAGCACUCAAGGCAAGUUUUAUACGGUCAUCAAUCAUUACAACCUCGCCAAGCAAACCAUUACACGUUCGGUGUCCCCGUGGAUGACCGUUCUGUCGGAAGAGAAACUGUCCGAGCAAGAGACCGAAGCCUCCCAGAAGUCUGCUUAGCCUGACUGACACAUGUUUUGCAAUGUUAGAGGACUGAAAUGGAACUUUCAAAGUAACUGCUUGCUUGCCGCUGGUAGCCAAGCGGUUAAGGAUAAUUUAGAGGUAACUUGUAUUUAUGGUUAAAAGCGCUUCUGUUAACUGGUAUUGCUGUGCACACAUAACUGUACAGAUCAUUCAUACAGUAGGUACAUCAACAUGAGGGCACCAAAAGCCGUCAUUAUUUGCUCAAUAAUAUCACACCGAUGAAACCCACGGGUUUUCUUUAUUUUUUUUCUGGUUACGGAUUUGACUAAAGGGGAUAGAGGAGAUGGUUACAAAGCUAUAAGCGUCAUGGUGGUUGAGUAAGUAAGCCGAGGGCACUAAGGACUGAUUUGUCUUGUGAGUAAGCUAUGAAAGAAAUAAAUAUAACGGAGGAUUUCAUAGGAUACAUUAUCUGCAGAAAAGGAUUGCAACCAAUGGGACUGUUUUAUUAGAAUAUGGGGAGGGGUCAAACCCAACGAAUACAUUCUAAAUACGAGUUUUACACUAAAGGUCCAUCUCUCCCUCUGAAUGUACAACGAGGAACACUUUUUCCGAUUUGAUGUUUUUCUAGUUUAGACGAGUAGCAAUAUACUGAAUCAUGUGUGAUUGUUUUUGGCUCAUGUUGUGACGAUAUCCACUGAGGAACCUUCUUCAUAGUAGGUCUUGAUAAAUAAUCCUUCCAUAGCUGUAAUAUCGGACGCCCCAUGGCACCCCAACAUUAUAAAAUUCAGAUCAGUAAACGAUUAGCCUAGACGGGGUCAGGAGUUUUAUUUUCCAUAUAAAAUGACAGUUUGGCAAAGAGAACGUUCAAUGGCAGAAAGUUUUUUUUCCUCUCCUCGCCGAGAAAGAGUAAUUACACAGUCGAGAGAAAACAAUCUAAAAGACGAAGGUCCAGGAAUACAUAGUGGGUAUUUAAACCACGGCUGAAAGAUUUGAACAUGCAGUGAGAUAUAACAGAAGACAAACUGUCAGUGGGAUAUUGUUUUCUAGAUUGGACCCUUUGGGACAGAUGUGUGUAUAAAGCUUUCUUGGAAAUAAUACAUUUAUUAGGUUGCAGCGAGAAAAAAAACUUGAUGAACCGCAGUGGAAUAUUUUAUUCUGUUUUUCCCUGAUGCUCAAUAGAAAAUUCUGAUCAACAUCUUCAGUUUUUAGACUUAACAAGGUCUUUCUAAUGUAAGAAUGAACUAGGAUCCUUUUGCCUCAUUUUUGUACCAUAAGGCCAAUGCCAUGUUCUGUAUAGGUCCGAAGCCCCUGGAAGCAACCCACUUCUUGCUAGCUUUGGAUAUGGGAUUAAGGAUGCUUAGAAAUCAUUUUAAUGCGUCUGCUUUAAUGGAACCCAACGUCGGUAGUUAAAAGUAGUCUUCUAGGUUUAUGGUUUUGUGUUGUGUUGUAAAUAAAUUGUUGGGUGCCCAUUGACCUUAACUGGCUGAAUCCAUUUAGGAUUGCCCAUUAAUAUUAAGAAA